AUGCAAUACCUCCUUCAUGGCAUAGCUCACUUCUUUGAGACCAAAGACCUUAUGCGACUCGCAAUAAACGGCGACUCCCCGUUACUCUUGCCAUACAGUAGGUAGGCCAACUCAUGAAAUGUCAACCGAAAUUCUGAAAUGCGUUUUCGUUUCAUAAUGAAUAAGUAUGAGGAGUUCUAAAACUAAUCAUCGUGCAGCAUAAUUCUAUAAUAAUUCUGUUACCUCAAAAUACCGGUUUCGAAUGAACUUCUUCCCGGCCGCAUGCAAAAACUACACUCUGUGCAAAAUGACUACUUAACUAGCAUGCAUUUUACUCAUUGAUCUGCAGUACCCUUAAAGAAUCAAAUAUAUUUCAUAAAAAGCAUGAAGUUAGUAUAGUAUCCUCGCGGAUGUGCUAAUAUAUUAGCGGUGAAAAAUCAUACUACUGAAGCAUGACGCCUUAAUAGUAUAUUACACUGUGAAUUACAGUAUGGAGUUUAGUGUGAAUGUAAGCAGGUUUUAAAGAUACAUAGAAAGGCGUGCCUACAGUGCCUCUGGACGGAGACAUUGUGAGGGGAGUUGGGGUCGUUGUGGCACAGACGCGAAGCCGAAAGUAGGUUAGAACGACUCAAGGCAAUUAUUUUACUUUCGUAGUAGUAUCCCGCCCUUUGACUCUGCCACCAAAUCUGUCUCGCGCCCCGUGUUAUAACACGGUCAGCUCUGAUCGCUGACCAUUUCAGAGCUCCAGCAGAGUUCGCCUGCCUCGCAAAACGAGCUCCGUGCGAGCUCAUUCAGAGCACAUUUUGCUAUUAGGGUACUAUAGUGAUAAUACGAUGUCAGAAUUUCGACAUAGUUAUAUAACUAUGUCGAAAUUCUGACAUCGUAUUAUCACUAUAGUACCCUAAUAGCAAAAUGUGCUCUGAAUGAGCUCGCACGGAGCUCGUUUUGCGAGGCAGGCGAACUCUGCUGGAGCUCUGAAAUGGCGGGCGUUAAAAUACGCCAUCAGCUUCACAUAUGUGAAGCUGAUGGCGUAUUUUAACGCCCGCCUUGAUUCCUCUACCACUUUAGUAACGAUCAGACUCGUGCCGAAUGUGGGAAUAGUUAACUAGACAUCAUGAAGAUAUUGUAUUGUUACUAGGAGCACUGGUACUCAAGACAACGUUGCUUAUGAAAUCAAAAAUUUGAGCAAAAAUCUCGACGCAGGUGAGAUUCGAACUCACGCGGGGAAACCCCAAUGGAUUAGCAGUCCAUCGCCUUAACCACUCGGCCACCGCGUCACGUUCUCGCAGUGCUCAAAAAGCCUACAUUAAUUUCUCGCAACUGUGACUUUUUAUUCAUGAACUGAAGCAGCAGCAAUUCUGGGCACCUCCGCUAUCUGUCGAAAUUUCUAUCAAAUUAUGCUACUUAUAGCUGUUCCAGGCACCCAGAAUGUGUGCUCCUACAAGAGGGUGCUAUGGAAAAGUCCAACAAGUAUUUUUAAGACAAGUUGCUACUAAGCAAACAGUAAGGAAGAUAUACCGUCAUCCAAGUUAAUGCAAUCCACCGUUCCUUUUUAGUCUCAAAAGGGAAUCGACCUGUUCUAUUGCAACCCCCACAGCAAUUAAUGCUUUUGAAUUUAUCCUUCCAAUCUUUUUCUACGGUUGAGCCUUCAGUUGUGCUUUAUUAUCGUCUGUCGGUAUGAUUCGUCUCAAAUGAUGCUCUCCGAAUUAGAUUGCAUUCCGAACUACUAAUUACUGAAUUUGACGACAGCAAGUGUACCUUCGGCUCGUUCCUCGUACGUUAGGCCAGCUGACUGUCCUACUCCUUUCAGUCCGUCAGUAUCUUGACUAUCGAUGAACGGAGGGUAUGGCAAACUGAGUGCUCACGACACUCAAAUGUCAACCGUUGUGCCUUGAGAGGCUCCGACGGGCCACCGUCGGAAGAGCUUCAUUAAUCCUUGUCAGUUCAUUUCAGUUUAUUCGAAAGAAAGUACAGUAGGUGAGCUUACGCAUGAAAUGUACACCAAAAUUCCGUAAUGCGUUUUCGUUUCGAAAAGAGUGAAUAAGUCGGGUUGUAAAACUAGUCAGUCUGAAACAUAAUUCUUAAAAAUUUCAGUUAUCAUAGGAUGUCGGCUUUCGAACGAACAUCCUUCCGGCUGCAAGUGAAAAUCACACUCUGUAAAAAAUGACUACUAAUGUAGCAUGUAUUUUUCUCAUUGAUUUUCGAUGUCCCUAAAUGUCCAAUUAUAUUUCAUGGAAAGCAUGCACAAAAAUAUUCAUUCUGUUGCUCAUUCGGUAGAAAAUUAUGUCUUUUUCUAAUUUACUGCUCGAAAGAGGGGCAUAAUGCGGUAUUAAAAACGUUUCUUACUAUGGGACUUUUAUAUGCCGUGAAAUGGCCGUUCAUAAAUCGAAAAGUCUCUGCAUUUACCAAUGUGGCUUGUAAAGCUAACAAUAUGAUUCAAAUCCACAGCUAAAUUUUAUGGACCCUAUAUGGUGUCCCUUUAUAACCGCAGAGAAAUGUGUGGUUUUCCGUACGUGAAAAAUAUACGGCUUGUUGUUUGGAGACCCUGAACGCAACUGAAACGGCAUAUCAGAUUUAGUAUUAUUCGGGAACUGGAAAGGUUUUCAAAAACCGAACUAUGCCCUUCUUUUGAGUAUAUUAUUGGAAGAAGGCGCAAUUUUCUACCAAAGGAGCAAAAGAAUGGAUAUUUUGUGCAUAUUUUCCAUGAAAUAUAACUGGACAUUUAGGGGCAUUGAAAACCAAUGAUAAAAAUUCAUGCUACUUAAGUUUUCAUUUUUUAUAGCGUGAAAUUUUUGCUUGCAGCCGGAAGGAAGUUCACUAGAAAGCCGGCAUCCUUGAAAUAUUGUAGAAUUGCGUUGCAGGCUGACUAGUUUUACGAUUCUACGUAAUUAAUCUUUUCAAAGCGAAAACGCACUUCGGAAUUUCGGUUGGUAUUUCAUGAGUUGGCCCACCUACUGUUCGUCCAUUCUAUCCUCUGUCGACUUUACUUAAACAUAGCUCCAUCUACGUGGAAGGCAGAGCAAGUGAGGUCGACAUUACUCUGACCAAACGUCUAUUUCCUUAGUCUAAACAAUUUAACGUGUCUCGAACCCACAUCGACGUUCAAGCAGUCGUGGAAUAGGGGAGUACAGACCGAGGAUCGGUUUCUAUAGGCCUUUUUAGUGCAGUAUUGAAGACCAUGUUAUGACUAGUUAGUAGGUUUGAGCAGUUAAUGAACCAAAUAUCAUGUCUAACUGACCCGGCUUAGAUGAGCCACUAGGUACACGAGAAGGGGAGAGAGAGUUAGAGAAUAUGCGAUCCAGCUCAGACACCGUGCCUAAUUUCCUCCCUACGAAUAAUCAAACGCGUUUUAAGACUGCCAUGACUCGUCAACAGUCAUGGUGUGGAGGACCACAUGCCCAAUGCGUUAAAAGUGAAGCUCACGCAGUUAGCCCAGUUGUACGUGUUGGUGUGAAGUGACAGACUGGUGGGCUAAGAGACGGGCUGCCAAGGUCCUUUCUUAGCGUGAGCUCUGGCACGCUCGCACAUGUGAGGAGUGGGUGUGUUUCGUAAACAGUGUCCCUCAGUCGACGACUGACUGGUUACCCUGUCUUUGAAGGAUGAUAGCCCAGGCUAAAUGCAUGACUGCACGUCACCCCUCUAAACAUUAGGAAUCGUGCGCGUUUGCUAGAACCAUUAUUCAGCAAAACAUGGUCCUCACAAUCUGGUGUGCGUUGUCAGUCCUCUGGCAUUCAGGUUCCCGCCGGCAGAUGCGUUUGCGGUCCCCGCUGGGUAAACGGGUCGUGAGCAUGUCUGCCCACUGACUUGUGGCAUCAUCUCCUCUUUCGGUUCGAUUUUUAUUGCCAGUUAAAAUCCUAGUCGAAUGUUUGCUGUGUAGCAGCAGGUGUGGUGGUAGGUUUUAGAUGCGGGUACGGCCGUGCCAACCACCUCUCCCACCUUCGGUCUUCCUGGCUAUGCCUUAACAUCUGACACAGGUGGGGAGGAGAGAGUGUGAUAGACGCUGUGCAAGUCUGCUACCACUAUAAACUAAUACACAGGCAAGUCACCGUGUCUGCUUUAGCUUGUCUGUGGAACAUACGGUGGACGUCGUUGGCAAUGACGGCCGAACUGUCAGAUGCGCUUUCUCAUAAAAUGUUAACCAAAAUUCUAUAAUGCGUUUUAGAUCCGUUGCGUUGUAAUAUUAAUUUUCGUGUGCCAAAAUACCGACGUAUUACAACCACGCCAGGGUGUUAGCUUUCGGAGGGGCUCUUUAUCGACCACCUGCGUAAGAUACACUCCAUAAGAACGAAUACUUAGAUAGUGUGCAUUUUUCCCGUUUCUUUUCCAUACCUCGUGAAGAAAUAUUUUCCUCCACCCAUUUGACAAAAAAUUGCGUUUGCCUUGAAUUGUAUGCUUAAGAAAAGAGUCUCUUUAGGUUUUUAAGAAGUUUCUGAUCAUGAGGUUUUUCAAGACAGCGAAAUGUUCAAUCGUACAGCAUCGCAUCAGCACAUUUAUUAAUGCCGCCUAUAAGGUGAACAACGUGGUCGGAACUCAUCACAAAAUUUUAUGAGCCCUUUAAGUCCUCUUCAUAAUAACGUGUUAAAAUGCCUGGUUAGCUAUCGGGUGAAGGAUCCCAAACACACAAACACGAUCAGCCGAAGGUGCCUGUCUAACUGGAAUGGUGGUAAUAGGGGUUUUAGGGGCGGGGCUUAUGAAUUUAUGGAGGAAUGGCAGAAUAAGUAUAGAUAAUUGUUAAAUUCGGUUUUUGGACGGGAAGGUUUUGAUGCAUUGACAUGCAGCAACCGAAAGUAGGCAGGACAAUUAACGCAAUAAACUUUAAGGAUAAGAUGUGGUUAUAUGGCCCCACCUGAUGAACAUAAUACUGUUGGGGUUGGGGGUUAGGGCAACUAUUUCUUAACCACUUGAAGUACAACCCCGCAUUCCCAAUAGCUUUUCUUUGGCCAAUAGAAGCGAAGAGAGGAGUCCUAAGAAGCAGCCUUGAAGAAGAAGACAUUAUCGCCAGGCUAAUCAAGCGGUCGUGUCUUCUUCUUCAAGCUUUUCUUUUGCAAAUAAUUACUUGACCUCGUCGCCUAUACGUUCCCGGCCCCACCUGCUAAAAACCCUAUUACCACCGGUCCCGCAUUAGGGGUGACUAGGGUUUGUUUACUUCAGGUGGGGCCACCAAACCACAUCCGACAAAAAUAUCCUUUUAAGACGGUGUCUGCAAAGGAUUACUUUUUGCGUGAGACAUCAUUGCACAUUCCAUUUACCAACCAGCAAAGUGCCUACAUUUGGAGACUAUAAAAAAGAUAAUAUAUUGGCAGUUAAGUUGGCUGACAAUGCGCUGAAUGUGAAGAGGCCAUGCUAUAACUACAUAGGCAGAUAAGUUGUGUAUCCACUUGGGUAAGGUGGAGACAGUGUAUAUUUUAUCUGGAGUUUUUCUCCGGCUGCCUGCUUUGCCCGCGUUUCACACACAACACAAUUGGUUGUCGAUAGGACGGCAGGGCAGGACUUGCCAAAGGCCCGGAACCGGCAAUACCCACAUCACCAGACGACGCAGCACAUCUUCCAACUAAAUAAAAAGAUAACCUUUUACCACCGGUAUCGUAGUACAGGUGGCUUGGGUUUAUUAACUUCAGGUGGAGCUACAUAACCACAUCUGACCACAUUAAGUGUCUACAACGAUCGCUUUUUAACUCUCUGAGUUGAUGCCAUUGAAGAGUAUACACCAGGCCGUCUAUAACAGAAGACGCAUCCUUGAGCAGUGAAACACAAAACCGAAGUAAUCGUGUCGGACUAAAAACUGUUUAAAUAGGUAUAAUAGGUAUUUUUUAUAUGCCGCAGAUGCUUGGGGUCCCUCUCCCGAUAUUUGCCAAUGCUCGAUUUGCCUCGCAAGAAAAGCGUAUACCCUGUAAUUUGAAAACUCUGAGUGUCGGUUUGACCUCAGAUAAAGGUCGAGAUUAUUUGGAAAUCAAGAAAGUUUUGUAAAACGGAUAGAUGCUUUUUCCUCCAACACAAAGUCUGAAGAAGACGUAAUUCGUCACGGAAUGAGUAAAAGAAAGGAUGUUUGUGCACAUUUUCUACAAAGUAUAUUUGGAUUUGUAAGGGUAUUAAAAAUCAAUGGUAAAAAUCCAUGCUACUGAAGGAGUCAUCUUUGCGGAAUAUAGUUAAUGUAAGUUAUCAAUAAGGAGCUCGACCAGAAGCCGGCAUCCUGAGGUGACUGGAUCAGCUUAACGUUCUGCGACAUGAAAAUUAAUAUGACAAACCCACCAAGAUAAUCUUUUAGAAUUCAAAGCACAUUUCAUGAGAUAGUCCAUCUACUGUAAUCUAACAGAUAGUCUGAAGUGCGUGAGGGGUAGAACCCAGGCCGGCUAGGUUGUGUUACAUAGACCGGAGACUGGGUGUGGUCUUGCCCAGCGUCAUAUGUGUUACGACGGUGAUGACGAAACAGAAAGUACCUAUUUCUCCCGCCCGCCGCCGCCGCCGCGAUGGAAAUAUUACUCCGACCGGCUCAACCAAUCAACGUGCAGGCAACGCAUGCGCCGGACAUGAGUCAGCCUGCGGCGACAGGUGUACCGGGCAGUGCAACGCCCGGCGAUAAAAGUAGGUUUGGGACACGCAAGUUCGGCUCCCGCGGCAAGCAGCUACCAGGUGAAUCACCUGGGCAGUCGAAAAAGGAUUUCUGCAGCUCCCCGAAAGCGCAGUUCUGCAGCGCAGUACUCUGGCCGACGCGACAGAGUGUGUGAAUAGCAAAAUAACUGGGCGUUUCAAUUUCCCCAACCCGGCGACCACAGCAGGCGACGAAAGAAAUUGAUGGUUGACUUUUGUAACCUAGUGGCGGCCGCUUUCGCUGUCGCUAACAGGCGCUGGCCUAGUAGCUUAGGAUAGCUUGAUACUUGAUGGUUGAUCCCAGACCACGACUAGUAAGUGCGAAUUCCGCGUGUGCCUACAUUACACGGAUGGCGGCAUGACGUCAGGGACAUGCUAGAAUCGAGGACGACCUAUUUCAGCGGAGUGGUUUUUAGCAAUUGGUAUUGCUAUUUUUUAGGUAUUAUUAAGGGUAUUGCGUGAAAACUCCUUCAAGUUGGUGAGCAUUCUCUUGGUUGUCAGUAGAUGUGAAAUCUCUUUCGCUGACGGGUUAUAAAAGGAGUUCUGUCGUUUCUAAGUCUGCCUAAAAAAGAGAAAAAGAGUCUGUGUUGAUGACCGCAUUUAUAGGUUUGUGGAUGCAAGUUAAAGUGUCCCGUGCCGACAUAGUGUGGUGUAUUGUACGAUCAAUCCUUAUCCUAGAAUAGAGAUCUCGUCUACCACCACCACCACCACCACCGCCACCACCAACACCACCACCACCAGCGCCACCACGGGCAUUACAAUCACCGACAGCACUGCCACCACGAACAGCUCAAUAGCUGCAGUUUCAUCCUCUCCACACUGUGGCCGUUCGUCUGAGUUGCAUAUUGGUCCGGUCGGUCACUUGCAAAUCCAUUGCAUUGAGUACGUGUCGACGUACGGUGGCCUACAACUUGAGGUCCACAAAGCCAUAAGUCAUGAAAACAAAGUUGAUUGGACAAACCUUACUGCGGCAAGAGAGCGAACAUGCAGUGGCAACAAGUCGUCUCACCAGGCCAUUUAUGGCCGUUGAGACUGAAGCACCGACGCGGAGCGCGUGCGUGCACCUGCGUUUUGCCCGUCUGCGGCCAAUCAGCGAAGGACCUAGCAUCGGCUGGCCUCGAGCUCUCUACAUGCCGGCGCAAAAUCCACUACGGCCCAGGCCAUCGGUCCAGGGGGAGUUUGGGUCGGAUUGAAGGCGGCGUGAGUAAGCGGUCGCGUCGGCGAUCACCGCAGCAGACUGUCACAACUGGCCACUCGGCGUCAGGAACCUCAAAACACAUUGGUCUAUUUCAUCGCAUCUGCCCACAAUGCCCCCAGGACAUUCGAUUAUCGCAGGGGACAUAUGUGCCUCCGUGACACUUUUCAGCCAAUUAGCAAGACUCAACCUCCUUCAUAACACCCCGCUUUACUAGCAUGCACGCAGCCGUAGGCCAAACGUGAACACACACACAUGCGUCCUCUACGUAGCACAGCAUGCCUCAUGCCCGCAGCAAACAACCAAUACAUUUUGUCAUCGCCGAUAUGCCGUGGAAAACGCAGCAUGCGUGCGGAUAUCACUUAAAAGCGAGGCAUGUCCACUGGAGCCUGAAGCUGGAACCAGGUCGUGUAGAUCACACCUAGACGGGCUACCAACCAAGGUGAGAGUGGCGUCGAGACUGAUGAGUAAAACCUACGACAAAUCAGCUCAUUCCUGUCUGCAGUUACCCUGACGUACAAAGACAACCACGGUGUUCGAGCCCACUCUCAGCCAUCUGGACUAUGUCUUGCCAUCGGCGAGGGGGGAGGGGAUAGUGCGACAGAUGCUGCUCAGAUCUGCCUCACUAUAAACAAGUCACGGGCUCUGCGCCCAUUCUAUGGUGGACGUUGUCUCUCUUAGCGUUCGAACCGUCAGACUCUGUCCGGAACCGCUUGCAGGGUCGAUAAAUGACUACGGCACAGUGAGACGUUGCAAAAACACGUCGGGAAUCGCAAUAAAGAUCGCCCCUCCUCCUCACCCCAAUCAGAUAAACAAGGUCACAGCCCCUGGACUUCCAUACUAUGAAGAACCGGCCUCUCCAGUUAUUGGCCCAAAACGUCCCCAGAACUUGUUUCUUCGGUCAUCGUUCUUUUCUCGGUCUGAACUUGCCUACCUGCAACAUGACUGACAUACGCUGGAAUUAAUAUGCUGUCCGAAAUGCCGUUUAGUAAUCUACCUAUAAAUGAGACAUAUGUGAAGGACGCAUCCCAGAAGGACCGCAAAUAACACUAGAGGUCACGUUAAGAAUGGGUCGUGGCAGGUUAGGGCUUAGGGUCAGGAGUUAGGACUAGGGGUUUGGGCUAAGUGUUAAGGCAAAUAAACUUCUUGUCCCAGUGAUCGCAUCUUCAUCUUCUGAGCUUUUCUUUUGUUAACAAUUAUUUGACAUCGUCGCCUGUGCGUUCCCCGACUUCACCUGUAGAGAACCCGUAUUACCGACUGCCCCGUAUUACAGGUGUCUGGGGUUUGUUUACCUCAAGUGCGGCUACAUCGCCCCAUUCGACCAAUUUUUGUCCCGCCAUAGAACCUGCCUUAAGUCAUCGCUGCGUCUCCAGUGGGGCAUUGGCGAGUGCCGCGCAAAUACUACAAACAGAUGCUGACCUUCGCCAACUUAUGGUCUGAAUUUGCAUGAACAAGUGCCGAUUAAUCACAGAUGCCAGUAUCGUCGUUUUUAUAGACCCCUUACAAGCAUAAAUAUUUACGUUGGGCUAAACAGGAACGUAGACAACAGCGAGCUAUGUCAGGAUAAAGCUUCGGAUCACAGAAGAUGGUAGUCACCAAAGGCAGCCCAUAGCAGACAAAUUUGGGAAGAUUCCGACAACAAAUCACACUAUCCGGCUUGGUCUCUAAAAGUCCUCCAGCGGACUGCCCUUGCAAAAAGACAUAACUGUCCCAAACUUGGGCGCCAGGCGCCAGACAGAGCGGCCAAAGGGCAGACAGACCUUUUGGUACGCAGUUCACAUAAGCAACAUAAUGGAAUGGGAAAAAAGCAAUAAAAAAAUAACACUAGAGUGAGGCAAAUGGGCUUCGGCUGCUGGACGCGCAUGCAGUGGCUUGCUGGCUAACAACCAGUGAUCGAGAUGCCUUACCGAUUUGGAUACGAACGACCCGCCUCCUCCUUUUUGGUGUCAUCGGUCAGUUUUAUCGAAUCCUCCCUCCCCUGCCUUAUCUGAAGUUCGAUUUGGAGCUCAGGCCUGAAGACGCCACCUGAUGACCAGCUGCUCGUUUUUCGUUCAAUUCCGGUUUAGGGUCACUGCAGAUGAUUGCACAGUGGUGAAGCGUGCGUGGUCGGGUGCCGAUCGACCCCCACGUGGGGACUUCCUUCUCCGGGACUCACAAGAAGCAGAAUACCAGAGCAGGGGGUUUCUUCCCUUGUUUUCCUCUGGGAUCUCUGCUGUGUAAUUUCGACAGUCAUCUGAAACGGCUAGAACACAGAAGUGUCCUAGAACGCUGAAGGAACUGACGAAAAAACCGCGGGGUCCGCAGCAUAGUACUGAGUGCCUGAAUUUUAAACAGCCAUAGUUCUGCAUCAGGCGUGUUCUUCGAUACUCAUUUUAGCAUAUAUUAAUGGUCGCUAUACCUUCAUCGACUCUAGAUGGAGCGUAAAGGCACAAUGACACGAGCAGGUCUUAUAACUUUAUCUGUGAAAGCGGUCCCAACGCAGGUAAUAUUACAGAUGGCAACCGACAGGCCAGCGGGGUCCGGGGCUCAGUGGUCGAGCGUUAGACCCAAAGAUCCUGGGUUUAAAUCCCAAGUGCCUUACACAUGGGGCCGGUCACGGCUGGCUGACAAUGACUGAUAAGCCAGAAAAGACCAUUCCAGUCUCCUUUCUUCUUGCCGUUUUUACCCUUUGGCUUGCCAGUGUGUUGUGAACGGACAUCACUCUGUCCAUCGGAGCCGGUUCUGGUAAUCUUCAGUACAGCCGCCGGAUAAUUUCCGCGAUCGCGCCUUCUCCUUGGUUCUUGUGUCCUAUUUGAGGACCUGAAGCCGUAUCAUCAUAAUCUCUGCACACCCGCGAGCACCAUGUGUAACCAAUGAUCACGAAUACCGCUCAUAACCCCAUAUAAGUUCACACGGAAACACACCAUUAGUGUGACCCCGACGGAAGUCUAGGGUCCCAAGACCACAUGUGCGGCUGUGUACUCAGCAAAAGUAAAGACUAUUGAAAAUAACAUGAAAGCGCAAUCACUGCAGCAGUGAUCGCAAUCUUUUCUUUGCCGAUAGUGCAAUCGAUUUCGCGAUAUUGCAGCACAAAAUGCCCUUGUUUUCGGAAAGUCAAUUGAAUUAGUCACCCUAGUCACCUGAUCCCCCGAUUUGAUCUCACGGUGACAGUAACUGUUCUUUGCAAAUUGUUCAAACAGAUAGGCAGGGAAAUUUGUGGACAAAAGUCGGGAGUUUUCUAUGGACAGCAGUUUGACGAGACUACGAAUGAAAAUUGUCUUGAGCACCAAAAGUGCUUAGAGUAUGAACACAAUUUAAUAAACGCGCGAAUAAAUGGAGCCCUUCAGUUGAGUAAAUUUUAAACCAUGUGUACAAAUCGGGGGUCUGAAAAAAUCCCUGCAGAGGUGAUUUGAACUCUUUCGAUUGAUUUCUACUACUUGUAUGGGUGUAAUCCCGAUUUUAAGACAGUGUGUACAAACACUUUAUUUCUUGUACUACUCUUGUAGAACAUUAGGCCCGCCUUUAAUUUUGUACGUGGGACGUUGGAACACUACCAUGAUCGCUUGUAUAGUAGGGUCUUCGAGCCUAAAAUGACGCUGCCUUCCAAGUGUGCAAAGUAGCCCAUAGACACUGAAUUCGGAGGCAGAUGAGAAUAGGAACCACCACCUCCGUAUUCUGAAGACCUCGGGCUGAUUUCUGGUGCGGUAAGAGUUUGUGUAACGGUUCGCACCCGACUUAAGCUUAGUGUUAAUGCUGAGAUUAUGGUUAGCGUUGAGGUUAUUGUAAGGGUUAAGGCGCAGGAAUACGUACCCUGACUAAAAUUACGCCACAGAAAAAACAACCCCAAGGUGUGGGACACCUGGGGCUCCACCCUGAGACCUGUUGGUUAGAAGCCCAAAGCCCUUAACCACUGAGUCGAGAGCUCGAUGUCCUGUGGAUUACGAUCGGGCAUAUACAACAGUAGAAGGGGACUCUCCGACCGUGUGAGUUCCAUAGCACUAUCGGUGAGCGCGCUUCAACUACCGUAUAUACCCGAUCGCAACUGAUAGAACAACGAGCCUUGGACUUAGUGGGUAGGGACGUUGGACAUCCGACCAACAGGUCGCGGGGUGGAGUUCCAAGUGUCCCACAACUUGAGGUUGGGCAUACCUGACUGGCGACGGCUAAUAAGCCAGGGAUGUCCAUUCCGGACUCCCUUGUCCUUGUCGGUAACGCUAUUCUGCCUUUAUUCCGUGCGGGUGUGCAGCUGCUGGCGGGACGCUCACUGAUCGUUUCUUACGUAACUCACUCAUCCCGUUGUGCCUUAAGGGCUCUCUCUCUCGAGCCCAACCAGCAGCCGCACAGCGGCGCAUGAUACAUAGGCAGAAUGGCAUUACCGACAAAGACAAGGGAGACUGGAAUGGCCAUUUUUGGCUUAUUAGCCCUCGUCAGCCAGUCAUACCCAAGCCCGAAGUGUGAAACACCCGAGCCUCGAACUCGUGACCUGUUGGUUUAGAAGUCAACGCCUCUAUUCACCGGGUCACGAGCCCGUUGCCUUGUCGGUUUUCGAUCGGGAAUAUACAGUGUUAGGGGGCGCUCACCGAUCGUUCAUACGGAACUCACUCGUUCCGUUGUGCCUUAUGGACUCUCUCUCGAGCCCAACCAGCAGCCGCACAGUGGCGCAUGAUUUAUAGGCAGAAUGGCAUUACCGACAAAGACAAGGGAGACUGGAAUGGCCAUUUUUGGCUUAUUAGCCCUCGUCAGCCAGUCAUACUCAAGCCCGAAGUGUGGAACACCCGAGGCUCGAACUCGCGACCUGUUGGUUUAGAAGUCAACGCCUCUACUCACCGGGCCACGAGCCCGUUGCCCUAUCGGUUUUCGAUCGGGAACAUACAAUGUUACUGUUAGAGGUUCGACGCCUCUAACCAUUGAGCCACGGACUCUUUGUCCUGUCAGAAGUGGCCAUUCCAGUCUUCCUUGUCUUUGUCAGUAAUAACAUUCUGCCUAUAUCAUGCGCCGCUGCGCGGCUGUUGGUUGGACUCGAGAGAGAGGGAGAGAGUCUCAAGGCACAACGGGACGAGUGAGUUCGGUUAUACGAUCAUUGAGCGCCCUUCUGCCAUUGUUAAUAUACCCGAUUGCAACCGACAGGAAAACAAGCUCGCGGUUCAGUGGUAAAGGACGUAGGACUUCUAGUCGACAGCUUCAGGUGUUCCAUACCUGUGCAAGGCCGACCGUAUUUCCGGAGAACUGAGAUUCCUAUUUACGUGUCUUACACCGAAAUGUUCUAUGAGUACAACUCGACCACUUCAUGAGGGCCGGGGGAGAUAUUUAGAUUGGUUUUGGGGAACUUUCAUGACGCAUGCUUUCAAAAUAUUCAAUUUAGGUUCGAACACUCGUUGUGACUAAAAUAUAUAAGAACUGAAAAAAAUGAAGUAAAAGUACUACCUGAUUUCGGGUACUUAGAAGUGUACUUUGGCAACAAGUGAGCGCCAGAAAGAACGCUUUUGGAUCUAUUCCAGGACAUAGAGUUAAAUAGAUGGAGACAAUAUUCAUUCAUAGAUGUAGUAGUAGCCUGGUAGUCAUCUGAUGAAUUCUAGGUAAAUUGCUUAGGAGAUCCUGCUUGAGCAGUCAACUUACUGUAUCAGAUUUUGUGGAUUCCAGACGUUGCAGUAGAUUGGGUGGGUAACUUGACCAAAAUGUGAUUUAACUCGCAUCGUCCGUCUGUGCCUCGUAUCUCAAGUGGUUAGAGCGUUGGCUGUACUAAAGCCUCCCACUUACUGCGUGGGUUCGAAUCCCACCGAGUCGCUGAGUGUUUCACAGUUGGGUCAACAUGGGUAAUAAGACAGUUAAAUUUAGUUAAGAAGCGGAGUUACACAACCUACCGUUGUCCCAACCGCCUAUCACAGGCAAAACCCCGAAAGACAAGCGGUUUCCCGGUCACUUUAGUUUCGUGAGUUACUUUGGACUGAAAAAAAUCUUGAAAUCCGUAGGACUCUGUAUAAACUUUGCUUCGAACAUAAGAUAAGGUGUUCUUCUAUAAAGACGCUAAGCGUAAAGUGACUGAUUUGCACUACAUAAAAAUGUUCGAAAUGAGCACAGAACAGUUUUUGAAAUGAAAAACGCCUGGAGAUCAGUCCAUACAGAAAAAAUCCUGCAUUGGCACAAUAUGAUCGUGGCACCAGAAUCAACUUCCAUCUCAGGUAGAACGUAAAUCCCUAGGGCUUUGGUCUAAAGCGUGCACUGGUUGCCAAUCAUCUUUCGUAGAUUUCAAGGUCAGUCUUGUGUUCCUGGGGCGGGCAGUUCUCACACAAAUAUUUUGCUAACCGUAGCAUCAGGAGAGCUGUCUUGUGACCUCACUUUACGACCAGCACGGCCUGAAAUGCUGCACUCAGGGACAAGGCUGCGAUUGCUUAAGUGAAAUGUUCGACUCACGCACAAAAGCCGCUGCCCUUACGAGCGCAGUCACGUACAUUAGGCUUCCACUGUACAUCUGGUCGUCGGCGUGCCAAUGCUUUCGUAAUCCAGCUUCCGGUCAUAUAGUCAGUGCAGGUCGAAAAAGGUUACUGCCCCACCGCAAUUGUGACGCUGCAUCAGUCAGGCUGGCUGUCGUUUUCCCCGUUUCUCUUCCGAAAUUUAAACGCACGGGCGGAUGAGGAACUGAUGUCGAAGCGACAAAAUUUGAGCAGGUCCUCAUAAUUCGUCUGAGUUAGCUGAAUUCCUUACUUUUCUCACAAUGCCUGCACAGUCUAGAGGAGGCCAUAUUUGCAUAGAGUUUUCGCAUCGUUUCCAGCGCUUCGAAAUUCUCUAACACUGAUUGCAGUGUGGACCAGGACGACAAAGUCAUCUCCUCGAAGUCCUCCCAGAGAGUGCAGUGCCCUUAAAACGGGCCACAGGGUAGAUGGGCUAGACUAGCACCGGAGUUCGAGCGGACUCCGGCAGGCGUUGUCGAUUAUCCGCACCCAUGGUAAAUGCCAGCAUUAAGUUGUGGCGACAGACAAAUUUGCCAUUUCUGCACUGCCCUCCUACUGUUCCUGUGGUAGAAAAUCCUGAUCAGUGUCCGUUGUGGACCAGGGGACGUGGUGGUACGUCUACGUGCCACUUGCGUCCCCUUCCGCCUCCGGUCUUCUUGACUCUCUUUUGACCCCAGGUCGAAGUGAGGUGGCGGAAGGGAGUGCGGUAGACGCGGUGCAAGUCUACUAUCACUGUAAACUACUUCACGCUCAAGUCACCGUCCCUGCUUUUGCAAUGCCGUGGAGCAUACGGUGGACAUCGUGGAAAGAUAAGGGAGAUUGGAGCAGCAAUUGCUGGCUUAUUAACCACCGCCAGCUCGCCAUACCAACCGAGCAAGUGAGUUCCGUACCACAAUCGGUGAGCGCCCCUCUUCUAUUGCAUAUGACGAUCACAACCGACAAGACGGCAGGCCCUUGGCUCAGUGGUUGGAGGCGUUGGACUUCUAACUAAAAGGUCGUGGGAUCGAGCCCCAAGUGUUCCACACUUAGGGUUUGAGCAUGACUGGCUGACGACGGCUAAUAAGCCUGAAAUGGCCAUUCCAGUCUCCCUUGUCUCUAUCGGUAAUACCACUGCCUAUUUCAUGCGCCUCUGUUUGCUACUGGUUGGGCUCGAGAGAAAGCCCGUAAGGCACAACGAAACGAGUGAGUUCCAUAGAAACGAUCAAUAAGCAUCCCUAUACCAUCGUCAAAAUCGACGGUCGAAAUGCCGGCGGCCUGGAAGAGCCAGAGUGUGGUUGAUUUGACGUAGGUAUUGAGUUUACGUAACAACCACCCGGGUAAUCAGAAAUGCGGAUGCAUAAUAGCACUCUGCUGAUGUGUUAGGAAACAGUUUACGUAACCUGACGACAGGGUGGGUGAAUUACAAUAACUCCGAUGGGCGCUCAGAGUCGCCCGCUUAAUUUCGCCAACCGGCACAUGGGGAGAUUAGCCGAGAGGUCAAAAGACGCCAGAUACAAGUGUUUGUGAAUUUUCUUGUACAUCAAAGACAUCUAUCGAAAGCUCUCAGCCGGACCGGAGGCAACUAUCAGGUACCAGAUGAUGGGGCAACAAAACCCGCAUAAAUAACCACGAAAGGCGUGGAGUCCUUCAUCGGAUCUGGCUCAGUUGCGAGCAAGAUGGCUACUCAGGAGAAACGGGAAGAUUACUGCGAACCCAAAUCACGGAACAGGAAUUUGCAUUUGAAAGGAAAAAUAUCAGCCUUAAAGUCAUGACCCGGUUAAUAGGACCUGACCGCACCUUUAAGUUCGACGACAGGCACGUGAGUCAAGAGCUGCUUGCGUUCUGAUUCUCCUGCACAUCAAUAAGCGCUACGAUACUCUCACUUACUCACAUAUGGGACACUAUCUGCGCAGCUUAAUUAGUCACGUGGGCGAUGAGUGUGCGAAUUAACAUUACAUCCAGUGACACCACCGAUGAGUAAGAUUUCGAAGUCACUUAUGUGCCUCAUCGACACCUGUACUGAAGCCACAACGAUCGACGUGUCGUAGUCGUGCAACACUUACAUCCCCAGUACAGCCAUCUUCAAUAAAUGCAAAGCCGCCAAUGUUACUGGAUGUGUAGCUGCGUAGUGCCCCUGUGCGGGUCUACAACUGUUAUUUGUUGCAACCUUCGGCGUUGGGUUCGAGGGAGUGAUAACAUCCAAAUCACCGACUAAAUAAAUGCCCUGUUCAAGAAAUUCGGCCUCUUUUGUCUCAAAGUCACCAACAUGUGUGGACGUAGUCCAAACGAAGAUAUAGCCCACUAUAUUCCCCAAACGGGCCAAGUCGUUUAACAUUCCCAAUCAGUAAAAAGGGGACCCAGCAUUCCUCUGUCGAAAGAACGGGAUCAUUUUGUCCACUUGCAUAACUUCAACUCGCAUGACAUCCCAAACUGAAUUUAUGGUAUAGGUGACCAAAAAUGUUUAACAUUUAAAACCAACCGUCUGCUUGACAGACACCUUUCAGUACUCAUCGUCGGCUGACAAGACGCCUAUUUAACCUUCGGUCGGAGGUUUCCGAGCCAAUACUGAGCGACAGAUUAAUAUAGGAAACCUGACCCUUUUCCCACCCAUUUGACUGGUUAAUAUUUCUAACAGCUGCGCUACACAGAAAAUCCGACAGGUCUUGAAGUGACUUUCGGAUUCUGACAGUUCUACAAAUAGAUUAUUCCAUUCCCCUUAUCUCGAUUAUUUUUUGUCAUCAUGUUUGCCGUUACCUUUCUCCCUGAUGGGAUGACCGACAACCACCACCACCACCACCACCACCACCACCACCACCACCACCACCACCACCACCACCACCACCACUAUUGCCUCCCCUAAUAUCGCGCCCAUCAAAUAUCGAGCGUCGGCGACCUAAUGCAACUGGUUCAAAUAUCUCUACCUCCCUGUGUGACAAAGUAGUCUUCUCAGACACUUUUAGCGUCUGAAAACGAACCAGGAUAGGCAAGUGGCGCAACUAACGAGAUCUCGAAACCGAAAGUUAGAUGCGGGGUACGGCAUGCAUUGGGCGUUGUCACAUUGUUUGCUAGAUCCUUUUGCGACACAGAGCAUCUUUACCUACUUAAGGUAAAAGGCUCGAUUUUGGGCAAAAUCGAACGCGCAAGCGGCCAGUCAACAAAUCGCUGAUUUUCUGCGUGUUUUGUUAUUUCUAAAAGUCUUUCAUUUAGAUGCCUCUCCGUUCGCUAUGCAGUCGUUUUCGAAAAUGCUGGUUUUCAGUAGAAAAGAUUAUGUCCAGAUCGGUAAAAAAAUAAUUGAAUAACCCCAAUCUACACUCCUAAAUAUGGGCCGACCAGAUAAUACUUCUAAACUCUCUGAUACGCAGGCGUCUUCAUUUCAGGCCUUUCCUGAGAAAUACACGGCAUUUCACACCAUUUCAUGCACCAACUGCCGUGUGUGUGUGUGUGUUUUUUUUCCUCUUAAAGGGGCCAACGCGGUAGCUGAGUUGGGCGAACACAGAGUUAAGAUGGGAGUCCGGCAGGCGUUAUCGGGUACUUCCACCCAUAGCAAACGCCAAUAUUGGGGUGUGGUGGCACCCCCAGUUGUCCGCUUGAUCCGCGGCAAUUGCGAUCCCUGCUGCACCCGAUUGUUUUUGUAGGUAAAAUACUGGACCUGGAUGCACCUUCGGUCUCGACAGUGGCACCUGCUGGACAACGUCAUCGUCCGGAGGCGAGACCAGAAGGACGUGCUGGUGACAAAGGCGAUACCAGUCGCUGACGGGAAGACCGAUCAUCACUUCGUCAUCUCCAAAAUGAGAAUCUGCCUACAGCCGUGCAGGAGACCUCAAGGUAAGCGCUCUGGCUGUCCUCUGUCGCGCAGGACGCCAACGACCGGACUGGUUCGAAGAAAAAGACGCUGCCAUCAGCAACCUGCUCGCCGAGAAGAACCGCCUACACAAAGCCUUCUUCAACGCUCCACCGGCAAAGGUAAGGCAGCCUUCUACCGUAACCGCGACCUUGCGCAACAGCGGCUGCGGGAGAUGCAGGAUGUUUGAACGGCUUGCAUGGCCAAGGAGAUCCAAGGAUAUACGGACCGAAACGAAAGAAAGAUCUUUUUCGCCGUAACCAAGGCUGUCUACGGUCUCGCAGCCAAAGGAACUGCUCCUCUUCUCAGCGCUGACGGCUGUACCGCAUCCACUGAGAGGACGCAAAUUCUACAGCAAUGGACCGAGAACUUCAAAGGCGUCCUCAGCCGUCUUUCCACCAUCUCCGAAGCCGACGUCGCCCGUCUGUCUCAAGUGGAAACAGACGCCGACCUUGACCUCCCGCCAUCUAUACACGAAACCAUGAAGGCCGUGCAGCAGCUCUCCCGUGCGAAAGCGCCGGAAUCGGACGCAAUCCUUGCUGAGAUCAACAAGCACGGCAGUCCCCAACUUAUGUCUAACCCGACAGUACUCUUCCAGGAGAUGUGA